GUUCUAUCUUCAUUCUCUCCUACAGAGCAGAACUCAAAUACGGUGUGAUAUGCUAGCUGGUCAUGAAUCUAUAGGAAUAUCAGUGCAUUCCAAAGCCACGGAGGUUUGACGUCGCAACAGCUGGAAAUGCAUGUUACGACAACUUGAAAUUGAAGAAGAAUGAUGCGUUCAGGUUUGUCUUUGAGGGUGAUGAUACUGGCAUCUCUCACCGUUCCCAUCAUAGUUCAAAGUCCUGAGAUCUUCACCUUGUCGGUCCCACACGGUCCAAUCUUGACCUGGUUGAACUCCUCUGUUUCUUUAUCUUGUGAACUUUCACCUCUCUUCAAUGCGGAGCCAUUGGAGGUGCGCUGGUACAGGGCCAAAGACUUUGACUCAACUGCCUUGUUGUACAAAGAUCACAAGAUCCAGGAGGCCCCUGUGGACCCCCGGUACAAGGGCAGGGUGUCUCUAACUGGGGGGCUGGAGAGAGGGAACGUGUCCCUGACACUGGAGAGGGUCACACUGGAAGACAGGGGGGAGUAUGUGUGCUAUGUUAGCAGUGAACAGUGGUACGACAAGGCCAUUGUACUCCUCACAGUGAAUGUAACAGGUAGUGAACCAGUUCUCUCUGUUGCUGAAGCAAGAGGAGGAGGAGGUCAGGUGAAUGUUACCUGUUUAUCAGAGGGAUGGUCACCACAACCUAAACUCACCUGGACAAACAAAGAGGGGACAGAGAUCAGAAAUGAACAAGUACUCAACACCACUGAUUCUCAGGGCUUGUUGAGUGUCAGUAGUUGGCUGCUGUAUUCUCCCUCAGACUCAGAUUGGCUCUCCUGUACAGUCUCUCUGUCUGGGGAGAAGAGAGAGAGCAGAAUCAUGCCAAGAGCUCCAAUGGAAGGACAUUGGAGCCUUGGUGCCUUCAUGACAUUACUGUUCAUCAAUCUACUAGUAAUAUUUACUCUAAUUGGACUCUUCAUCUGGAACAAAAAAACAGGGUUUAUCAGGUUGUCAACAUCAGAGAAAAAUGACAAUGCAGAGGGUGAAACAGAGCCUAAUGAGAGGCCAGCAGAAGAGGCAAAUCUUCUUGAAGAAGGUGUCAAGAAAAGUGAUAGGGAAAAAGCAACACAGACAGAAUUUUUCCUGAAAGAAAGUGCCACGCAAACUGCACUGAAAGAAUCAUUCCCAAAAGUGGACAUCACUUUGGACCCACGGACUGCUCACUCUUCGCAGGCGGUGUCUUGCAGUAAAAAGAUGGUUCAUUGUGAAAAAGGAGAUGCUUCCAAAGCUAAUUUUGUCCUUAGUGAGAACACAUUCAGCUCAGGACAGAUAUACUGGGAAGUGGUGGUGGAUUCAAAGUGUAAACAAACAUGGUAUGUCGGGGUAACCACCACAGACGCAGCCCAGAUUAAUAAGGCUAUUGUUCCCUUAAACCCCGGGAAUGGUUUCUGGGUUCUUCGCUAUAACAAAGGAAAAGGUUAUUGUGUCUCUACAGACCCUCCAACUCCAUUAUCUGGAAAUGAACACCUUGAAACACUGGGAGUGUUGUUAGACUGUGACAGGCAGAUUCUUUCCUUUUAUGAUGCUGAUUCGGAAGUACGUCUGUACAGUUUUGCUGACGUGUCAUCUGACUCUAACACAUUCUUUGCUGUGUUUAGCCCUGGAUUCGACAAAGUUCCCUUAGCAAUUAAAUGAUUGUAGAUGACAAAGAUGCAAACUUCCCACAAUAAUAAUCGAAAAAAAUAAACAAAAAAAAUUGUCAGUUUAAUCAAAUCCAAUUUUAUUUGUCACAUGCGUCGAAUGCAACAGGUGUAGACUAUACCAUGACAUUUUUACUCAUGAGCCCUUUGCCAACAAAGCAGAGUUAAAAAGAAAACAAUUAGCAAAAAAAAAUAUAUAUACAUAUUUACACAGUAAAGCAACAAUAAUGAGGCUAUAUACAAUGAGUACCGGUACCGAGUCAAUGUGCAGGGGUAGGAUGUAGUUUAGGUAAUUGAGGUAAUACAGUAUGUACAUGUAGGUAGGGGUAAAAAUUACUAGGCAAUCAGGAUAGAUAAUAAACAGAGUAGCAGCAGUAUAUUUGAAGAGUGUGAAGGAGUUUGUGUGUGUGGGAUCAAUAUGCAUGUGUGUGUUUGUGUACGUGUUGGAGUGUCAGUGUAGUGUGUGUAGGUAGAGUCCAGUGAGUGUGCAUAGAGCCUGUGCAAGAGAGUCAGAGCAUAAAAAAGGUGGCCAAUGCAAAUAGUCCGGGUAGCUAUUUGAUUAACUGUUCAGCAUUCUUACGGUUAAGAGGUAGAAGUUGUUCAGGAACCUUUUGGUCCCAGACUUGACACUCCGGUACUGCUCGCCGUGCGGUAGCAGAGAGAAUAGUCGAUGACUUGGGUAGCCGGAGUCUUUUGACAAUUUUUAGAGCCUUUCUCUGACACCGCCUGGUAUAGAGGUCAUGGAUGGCAGGGAGCUCGGCCCCAGUGAUGUACUGGGCUAUCCACACUACCCUCUGUAGCGCGUUGUGGUCGGAUGCCAAGCAGUUGUCAUACCAAGCGGUGAUGCAGCCAGUCAAGAUGCGCUCAAUGGUGCAGCUGUAGAACUUUUUAAGGAUCUGAGGGCCCGUGCCAAAUUAUUUCGGCCUCCCGAGGUGGAAGAGGCGUUGUCGUGCCCUCCUCAUGACUGUGUUGGUGUGUUUGGACCAUGAUAGGUUGUUAGUGAUGUGGACACCGAGGUUCCCCAUUGAUGUGAAUGGGGGUGUAAUCGGCCCUCCGUUUCCUCUAAAAGUUCAUUAUAACUGAGACACUAACAAAAAAAUUGUAAGACAUACAUUUAAAUGCACACAUACAAUUAAACACUUACAAAUGUCAAUUGAAAAUGUUACUUGAAAUCCUAAUCAAUACCACUCAGUUGUAUCAAUGUUAAAAUAUAUGUCAAUAUUUUGAUAAAGAUAGGCAAAAAAGUCUGUAUACAAAUAAAGUACAAAUACUGAGACAAAUUGAAUGCUAAAAAAAGUGAAAAUUAUAUUUUAUACUAAUACAAUUGCUCAGAGAAGUUGAUUAUUGUAAUACAAAAAAAAUCGAAAAAAGAUAGGGGUAAAAAUUAUUGCCACCCCUGUAUUCAAUACUCCAGCAUCGUCCUACUACGAGGAUAAUGGCACUGAGCCUUAUCCUAAAAUAUUUGUAUUUCCUCCAUUCAGAAUCUUUCCAGAUCAUUGAUAUCCUUUAUUUGCUCUCAUGGAAUGCCCUCUUCAAUUCAAACCACAGGUUUUCAAUUGGGGUUCAAGUCCAGAGACUGAGAUGGCCAUUGCAUGAUGUUGAUUUUGUGGUCAAUCCACCAUUUCUUUGAGGAUUAUGAUUUGUGCUUGGGGUUAUUGUCUUGCUGGAAGAUCCACUUGAGGCCAAGUUUCAGCCUCCCUGCUCCUUAACUUUGGCAAUACAUGAGGUAGGAUUUACAUUAAUAGAUCAUAUAGGGACUACCGGCCCAGGAAAAUCAUACGAGUUACAGCAAGUACGAGCAACAAAACCAAAAGAGAUAGGCAUCAUCUCUCACCAAUUCAACCUCACAUGUCAUUGUGAUUGAGUCAUCUGUUUUAUCCAUUGUCUAAUGCAACGUUUACUAAUGUAAAGAUAAAGAAAACAGAGAUAAUGUACUUUAUUUUACAGGGUGAUAUACUUGAUGCAUGGAGCAAACAUGGGAUGAUUUUGUGAAAUGCGGUAGAUUUGAAAGCAUCUCUGUUUUUAUCCCUCUCUGUACCCUGGUGCAGUGGAACAAUCCUUGUUCAGCCUCAGUGUAGCACGAUUCUGGAUAGCUGAACCCCUGUAAAUAGUGAAAGGACAUGUAGAUGUCUAUGGGACGUUGGUCCAACUGAAAAUGAUUUAUCCAAUGUGCAGAGGUAUGUGGUAACACUAGGCUGGUGUCAUAAUCU